CGCUUCAACUUUGAUAUCCUACGAACCUAAUUUCCAGAACAUAAGUAUUGCCUAGCGUUAGAUAUUAAACUCAUUAUACCGUCAUAUUUAGUCAGAUUAAAACCCGUCUUUCUUUACGGUAUUGGAAUUGUCUACUUAGGGACUCCACAACUCCUCUCCAUAUCUCCCUAAACAUAAAAAUACACACAAAUACAAACACAAACAUAUACCUGCACAAAUCCAAGCACAAAUCCCGACACAAAUCCAAAGAUUCUCUGACACAAACGUCGACGUAUCAGCACACCUCUACGAUGGAGUUCGCCAUCAAUUACCAGUCGAAAGGUCAAUGGCACUUCGCAGACCUUGUGUCUGGUUCUCACCUCGCAUCCAAACCUACGGACGUGUUUGAUCUAUCACAAGAAGGCGGGUGGCUCCUUGUGAAUGAAAAGCAAAGAGUACAUGCCAUGGCCAGUUCUGGCAUGCGAAUCGAUCUGAAGCGCAGAAAUUGGUGUUUUUCCAGUCGUCAAAAAUUGUCCUUCAAAUAUGUUGCUCCUACUAAACCAGCCGAACUUUCUGGGACAUAUACGUGGAAAUAUGAUAAGAAGUGGAAGAAGUAUAUGUUAAAGAAGAGGAGGCAUUCAUGGGUGUUCACCACGUUAGCUCUUGAUACGGAUUUUCCUGCAACUUUGCCUGCCAAAAUGCAAAUUUUUGACAGGGCUGAUAUUUUUGAGCCGGGCCAUGCUCUUAUAAGUAUGAAUAAUGAGUUAGCUUCAAAGGAAUUGGAUAGGUUUAUCCAUUUGUCUACCCUUUCGAUACUUCUCGAAGAAGAGAGGAAAAUGUCGAUAUGCUCCAGGGGCGAUGAAAGGGACGACAAGGCCGACCCGGCUGCACAAACGACAGGUGUGAUGAAGUGUGGAUGUUUGUGUCACUGCUUUCCCGCCAAGUGUACUUUGAUCAAGUUCGAGAAGAAAUUGAACGACAUGUUCAACGUAACAGUUCGGGAAGUGGAAUCUGAGAAGGAAGAAUUACCUGCUUAGUCGACCUAGAUAUUUUAGGCUCACCACUACGGUAUAGUCAUUUUUUCCUAUAGGGAUAGUAAAGGCGGCGUAUCUUGGGGCGCAAAUGUUUCGGAAGGAGGAGCUUAAGGGCAAUAUGUGCUGAGUAUUUGGUAGAGUGAUUAGGUGAUUUUCAGCCAUUUCCGGUGAUUCAUAACGAUAUAAUGAAAACAUACAUAUUAAAGACUUGAAUAUUAAGGUG